AUGGCCUCUCUUGCUUCCCUGAACACCCUGACCGACGGUGUUGCUAUGGUAGCUCGAUCGUGGACAAACAUGUCCGACAUUCCAGAAGCUGAGCUUGAUGAUCAGAUCAAAGCAGCCACAGCCAACUUGGCAAAUCUUCAGAAGCAGUUGGCUGUUGCAGACCCGGAGCCUGUUCCAAGUCCUGUGCCAGGUGCUCCGGCCACUGCCACUUCGAGUGGCGAGCACAUGCCUGGGAACCCCGUGAUAUCGUUGAAGAAUUGUGCCAAAUCUAAUACUGUGGAGAUGCUAAAGGGAUCUUCGAAGUUGGGCGAGGAGGCAGGCCAGCCUUCAGCACCUACGGAGAUCAAGAGCACCCCUCGAAAGCCCGCCAGCUCACAGGCCCUCUCCAUCGAGAUUGCAGACACCCCAGAGAUCCCCAGCCGGGGAAAGCCCUCGCCCAGCACCCAGACCCAGACAUCCCGCCCCGAUGUUAGAAGGCAGCUCUUUGGCAGUGCUAAGCGACCGACACCCAAGAAGAAGCUGAACGCCCCGAAGCCGGAGGGCUACUGGGUUCGUCGCCACUUCAUGCCGAACGCCAAAGGUGAAGUUCGCUGCACCCCGCAUAUCUUGGAUUUGGGCAAGACCCUUGAGGGCCGUGAGCAGCUUCGCAAACUCUUGUUAGAUCAUGGUACGUUCGACAAGAUCGAGGGUGUUUUGGAGAAGUGGCACAUUCAGAAGAAGAAGUCAGCGGAGAUGGGGGGCACGGUCACAAAGCAAUGGCUCAUUGAGGUGAGGACCAUGGCAGACAACGCCUUUGAUUGGGCCAGGCGGAAUGGGAGAUUGUACAAGUCGGAGAUUCACGGUGAGGAGGAGGCUGAUAUUCCUCUUGAGUGGACUUGGCAAACCUCUAAAGAGUCAGGGCAAAAGACUGGCUUUGCGAGCGCUUUCAGCAUGGAUGAUCCGAGCGGUUCCAUCCUCGACGGGGCCAACGAGGACCUGGGCAAGCCGACGGAUGGACUUCAGGGCCAGACGGCAAAUGACUCCGUGACCACGGCUCAAGCUGGGGCUUCCUUUAA